AUGUCACCUUCCGGUCCAAACAUACAACAAUACAGACAAAUAACGUAUGUUGGUGGAAUAACAAUUAUUGCAUUGUUCUCAAUGUGGUUUUGUAUUCAACCAACAUUUGAAUACGGAAUUUUGAAGAAUCCCUCAAAGAGAAGUGGAUUCUUUAUGAUUCUACGCGCAAAACUUACCAGUGUACUACAAAUCCUAAAAGCAAAAAAAAAUGAUGUGGAAUUUAACGUUAAUGAUCUACAAAAGGUAAAAUUUAGCCUAUAUUGUGGAUCAAAGCAAGAUAAAGGAUUAAGGAUUUUGCUUUAUGAAAAAAAUGACAAACAACCACCCAUAUUUCGAGAAAACAAAAAAUCUAAUUCGAUGAAGGUAGAAAGUAACAAACCACGCAAUAUUCAAACUUGUGUAGGGACGCCUAAAGUUACAAAUACUGUUAACUCUAAGAACAAUAAUACCUUAAAUAAUAAUGCUGAUUUGCAAGUUCCUAGCCAAAAAUGUGAAAAUGUAAAUAAGUACUCCAAUGAAAAUUCACAAUGGUUUUCUAAUCCAAAAACCAAAAACAUAAGCACUUUGAAGCGAAAUUACACGAAAAAUAAUGUAAAUACGAACACUAAAUAUAAUAGGAAUGUUACUCAUAACCGGUUUUAUGAACGUAACUCGGAAAGAUGUUCAAAUGAAUAUAAACUUACGAAAAUAAAAAGCAAAUCGUCUAACGUAAAAGAUAUUGAUGAAAGCCAAUCAUCUAACAUAAAAGACAUUGAUGACUUACAAAGAAGGAUUCAUAAUGUUCUUUGUAAAAUAAAGUCGCAUAGUUAUAAAUACAAACCAGAAUCCAAAGAAAAUAUAGAUAUUUUAAGUUCUCUUGAGAAAAUCGAAAAAAGUCGCUAUAUUCGGGAUUCAAAUGUCAUUUCGUGUCUAAAAAGACAACUAAAAGCGGAAGUGAAUUUUAAAAAAGAAAUUCAAACCAUCAAAAAUUAUUUAGAUGAUGACGUAAUUCAAAGCCAUAAUGAAGAAAAUGAUCCCACCGGAAAAGUUAUUCCUGAUGAGACAUUUAAUUCGAAAACUGACUCAACUUAUUCUUCUCUAGAGAUUGAUAUUGAAAGUGCAACACAAUUUCGGAUUUUAAGAAAUCUUUACAUUCAAGAACUUUUGAAAAUAAAAAAAAAUGCUGAAAAGGAAACAAUGAACAACAUAAACAUUACGUUAGAUAUUUUGAAAUUGCAGUCUAAAUCAAUAGUCAAAUGCAAAGGGAAGAUGAGAUUAUCAAUUCAAAAAGCUAAUGAUAAUUUUGACAAAGCAAUUAAUAAAAUGGAGUAUCUCCAGGGGUGGCAUAAUAGCAUGGUGGAGAGACUUGAAGAACUUGAAGAUAUGGUUGAUAAUGUAAAUUAUAAAAUUAAUCAAAUUUAA